AUGUCCGAAACCUGUGACGGACGGCGACUGGAUGGCGGCGACGGUCUGAAGCGGGGCAGCAAAAACGUUGCCGCCUUGGCUUCUGAAGAUGACGAGCCCGACUUGCAGCCGAUGGAGGCGGACGUGAAGAUCGACAUGUUCCCAGAAGAAGACAUGGAGGACGAAGACGACGAGUCUCCAUCCGAGCGACAGAUCGUAGUAGGAAUUUGCUGCAUGAUGAAGAAGUCCAAGUCCAAACCCAUGACACACAUUCUUGAGCGCCUCUGCAAGUUUGACUACAUCGAGGUGGUCAUCUUUCCCGAGGAUGUCAUUUUGGAGGAGCCUGUGGACAAAUGGCCGCUGUGCGACUGCCUCAUCUCUUUCCACUCCAAAGGUUUCCCACUGGACAAAGCUGUGGAAUAUGCCAAGCUCAGGAAUCCACUGCUUAUCAAUGACCUCAACAUGCAGUAUUUUAUACAAGACAGGAGGGAAGUGUACCGCAUCCUUCAAGAAGAGGGCAUCGACCUACCUCGAUACGCCGUUCUGAACCGGGACCCUGACAACCCCGAAGAGUGCAACCUUGUGGAAGGGGAGGAUCAUGUGGAAGUGAACGGGGAGGUGUUCCCUAAACCUUUUGUAGAGAAGCCAGUCUGCGCAGAGGACCACAAUGUCUACAUCUACUACCCGACAUCAGCAGGUGGCGGCAGUCAGAGACUGUUUAGAAAGAUCGGGAGUCGUAGCAGCGUGUACUCACCGGAAACUAGUGUUCGCAAGACUGGGUCUUACAUAUACGAGGAGUUCAUGCCGACAGACGGUACUGACGUGAAGGUGUACACGGUGGGUCCAGACUACGCCCACGCAGAGGCCCGGAAGUCUCCUGCGCUGGACGGGAAAGUGGAGCGAGACAGCGAAGGGAAGGAGAUUCGCUACCCUGUCAUGCUGACCGCUAUGGAGAAGCUGGUUGCUCGAAAAGUCUGCCUAGCCUUCAAGCAAACAGUGUGCGGCUUCGACCUUCUCCGAGCCAAUGGCCACUCGUUUGUCUGCGACGUCAACGGUUUCAGCUUCGUCAAGAACUCCAUGAAGUACUACGACGACUGUGCCAAAGUGUUGGGGAACAUGGUGAUGAGAGAGUUAGCCCCCCAAUUCCACAUUCCCUGGUCCAUCCCGAUGGAGGCCGAAGAUAUUCCCAUUGUUCCAACAACCUCAGGAACCAUGAUGGAGCUGCGCUGUGUUAUCGCCAUUAUUCGCCAUGGAGACCGCACACCAAAGCAGAAAAUGAAAAUGGAGGUUCGACAUCCUCUAUUCUUUGAAUUGUUUGAAAAGUGCGGAGGCUACAAGUCAGGAAAGCUAAAGCUGAAAAAACCAAAGCAACUUCAGGAAGUUCUGGACAUCGCUCGCUUGCUGCUACUUGAACUUGGCCAACAUAAUGACUGUGAGAUAGAGGAGAAGAAGUCUAAACUGGAGCAACUCAAGACCGUCUUGGAAAUGGAAUCCAGCUUGAUUGACACUCAGUACGGUCACUUCUCAGGUAUCAACAGAAAAGUCCAGUUGACGUAUUUGCGUAACGGGCAACCAAAAGCCUCUAGUGAAGAGGAAGACUCCAAGAGGGAGGGUCCGUCUCUGCUGCUGGUCCUAAAGUGGGGCGGCGAGCUGACGCCGGCCGGCCGGGUUCAGGCCGAAGAACUGGGCCGAGCCUUUCGCUGCAUGUACCCUGGAGGCCAAGCCGGUAGCCACCGGGCCCUUGGCUGUGAGUCCCCUAUUGAUUUUGGCGACUAUGCCGGCUUCCCCGGAUGCGGCCUCCUCCGCCUGCACAGCACGUACCGCCACGACCUUAAGAUCUACGCCUCCGAUGAAGGACGGGUGCAGAUGACGGCCGCGGCGUUCGCCAAGGGCCUUCUUGCUCUGGAAGGUGAGCUCACUCCAAUCCUGGUGCAAAUGGUGAAGAGCGCCAACAUGAACGGGCUGCUCGACAGUGACAGCGACUCUUUAACCGACUGCCAGCAAAAAGUGAAAGCGAGGUUACACGAGAUCAUGCAAAAGGACCAGGAGUUCUCACUAGAGGACUAUCAGAAGCUAGCGCCGACAGGCAGCCCGUCACUGGUCAACUCGAUGAAAAUUAUACAGAAUCCAGUCAAAACCUGCGACAAAGUGUACGCUCUCAUCCAGAGCCUUACUUCACAAAUUAGAAAACGACUUGAGGAUCCCAAGUCUUCAGAUCUGCAACUGUACCACAGCGAGACCUUGGAGCUAAUGCUCCAGCGCUGGUCUAAACUGGAGAGAGAUUUCCGCAUGAAAAGCGGGCGCUACGACAUCAGCAAGAUCCCGGACAUCUACGACUGCAUCAAAUACGAUACGCAGCACAACUCUUCAUUGGACCUGAAUGACACGCUGGAGCUAUUCCGGCUCUCUCGCGCUUUGGCUGACAUCGUCAUACCGCAGGAAUAUGGAAUCAGCAAAGCAGAAAAGCUGGACAUUGCUCAGGCGUACUGCGUGCCGCUAAUGAAGAAGAUCCAGCUGGACCUGCAGAGGACGCACGAAGACGAGGCUGUCAACAAGCUGCACCCGUUGUACUCCAGGGGGGUGAUGUCUCCAGGUCGCCACGUCCGCACGCGUCUUUACUUCACCAGCGAAAGUCACGUCCACUCCCUGCUCAGUGUUUUUCGAUAUGGAAAGCUUUUGGAUGAUGAAAAAGACCAGCAAUGGAAGCAGGCCAUGGACUACUUGAGUGCUGUAACAGAGCUCAACUAUAUGACCCAAAUAGUCAUUAUGCUGUAUGAAGACAACAACAAGGACCCUUCUUCAGAGGAGCGUUUCCAUGUGGAGCUGCACUUCAGCCCUGGGGUCAAAGGUUGCGAGGAUGAGGAAAAUGUCCCGCUCGGCUUCGGUUUCCGGCCGGCCUCCUCGGAGAAUCAGGACAAAAAGCCCAACCAGGGCAGCAUGGAGGAUCUGUCUCAGGACCAACCCGACCAGGCUCUUCUUAUUUCUGAACCCAUCAAUAUCCAGAGAAGGUCCCCCAUGAUCCGCAACCGCAAGACGGGCUCCAUGGAGGUCCUCUCUGAGACCUCACCCAGCCAGUCGUCCAAAGGCUGCACGCCGCACCGACUCUUCCCGUCGGGCUCACGCCAGUCGCCCGAGAUCAAAUCAGCGAGCGGCCUAGGCGUGCACUGCUCUGGCCUCUUCAGUGCCUCCAUGCUGGGGGUGUCCUGUAGCGCCCCCAACCUGCGGGACUACGUACGCACGCACCACCAUCACCACCGAAAACCCCCACUGUCCCCCGGUAGCCUGCCAUGCCAGAUUGGCAUGUUUGAGCUGUUGUCUAUGCCGCCAGUAAAGAGAUUUUCUGUGUCAUUUGCCAGGCAUCCGACUAAUGGUUUUGAAGGCUGCUCGAUGGUGCCCUCUAUCUACCCACUAGAGACACUGCACAACUUGCUCUCGCUGAAGCAGGUGGAUGAGUUUCUCAACUCUGUGUGUGAGAGCAGCAGUGAGGCCCACGCCAAGACCAUGAAGGCACUGUCGGGCCUCUUCGACUCUCAGAGCCAGACAUCUCUCUACAGUCCCCAGCAGCCGCUCUCCUUGUCGGGGUCCGAGGCGUCGCUGCAACAGCCGAGUCAGCCUCUGUGGCAUGGCAGCGUCCCCUCGAGCGCCGUGUCCAGCGCCGGACCGUCGUCGCCCAUCAUGGAGAGCUCGGGCCUCAACUUCAACUUUAGCGAGUAA